AUGGCGUCGUUGCUUGAUUCCGUCACCGUAACCCGCGUGUUUACUCUCCCAAUCAUGAACUCGAUUUCAUCUGCUUCACCGGUUCCGUCGGUUUCUGGUCGCCGGAUUUCUCCGGUCAGGUUUCUGGGAUUCAGAGGUUUGAAAGCUUCUCCGAGUUUUGUGACUCAAUCGGCGUGUCUCAAGGCGGCGAAUCGUAGAUCCCGAUUCGCUCGCGGCGGACGAAUCGCCUGCGAGGCUCAGGACGCUACUGCUGCCGCCGUCGAAGUACCAAACCUGUCUGAUUCAGAAUGGCAAACACAGGUUCUCGAAUCAGAUGUCCCAGUUAUGGUCGAAUUUUGGGCACCGUGGUGUGGACCGUGCCGUAUGAUUCACCCCAUAGUUGACCAACUAGCCAAGGAUUUCGCAGGGAAGUUCAAAUUCUACAAAAUCAACACCGACGAGAGCCCAAACACGGCGAAUCGGUACGGGAUACGCAGCGUUCCGACCGUGAUGAUAUUCAAAGACGGUGAGAAGAAAGACAGUAUCAUCGGAGCUGUACCUAGAGAGACAUUGGAGAAAACUAUAGAAAGAUUCUUGGUCGUCGAGUAA